GAAACUCUCCCUGGCAGUUAUCUCCAUGGUUCGUGAUUCGUGGAUGGCUGCUCGAGCGAGGUAUAAGUAAAGGCUGCACUCGCCCGUUUGUAUGUCCAGGUUCUUCAUACCCUUCUUCUCGAACGCUUUCCCGCACACACAAGCUCGUUUCCGUUUGUCCCCUAACGUCUUCGCGACAAACCUUCGCUAUCAACGCUGACCUAUACAUUCCGCCACCGGAAGCCUCAGACCCAUCUCCGUAAACCGCACGUCUCCUACGAACUACCAAUGUCGCUCCGCAACUCGGCCAGCUUGCCGACUAUCUCGUCCAAAUCGUCAGGCAAGGCCUCGAUUUUUGCCAGGUCCGCGAGGAGGGUCAAGAAGCGUUUAUCGACGAUGAGCCUGAAGCGGUCGAGACGUUCGGAGAAGGAAAACGAGCACGAGCAAGAAUCAGAGGACUCAGAGGAGAUUGAGUCCUCUCGUUCAGAGAGCUCCGGUAGCUCUUGGUCGAACAGGCUCCGGGUCAAUCCCUACCAAUCGAUGAU